CACAUACUGUAUAUGUUGUUGAAAUUGCACCGCUGUUGAUGUGUUCUGGUUAGAUUAAAGGUAUAAAAGAGCGUCAGACACUGUGUGGAACUACACUUUGCUGCUAAUUAUUUUUAAAUAAGGAUUUUUUAAAAAACAAUUAACCAUGAUAAACAAAGGAUGACUAUACAGUGGAACCGUGGUUAGCGUCAUUAAUUAGUGCUAGAAGGUCCGAACCAAACCCAAAAUGGACAUUAACCGAAUAAAAUUUUCCCAUAAGAAAUCAUGUAAAUCCAAUUAAUCCAAUUCCGGAAACCUUUUUUUUUUUUUUUUUAAAUAGUUUUACAGUUAUAGCUUUACAUGUAUAAAACGAUUCUAAAUGCAUAUAAAGGACAAAUGAAAGAGAUAAAUGAACAUUUAAGGUUACUUUUACCUUCACUGAAGAAGUGAGAGAUCCCAAAGACACGAUGUGGCAGAGAGAUCAACCACCACUAUCUUCCUGUUUUGGAAGUGAUUGUCCCCUCUUACGUCUUGAAUGAAGGUAAAAGUAACCUUUAAAAUUAACUGGACAUUUAAUUCAUGCUAAAAAAAAUUUGGCUAUUAAGGAGACUAGACUAGACUAGUUAUGAGCCAUGCGUUGUGUUCAAAGACACCACGUAAUUUUUGUUGUUGAAUUCACUGUUUUUCAGUGUAGACGUAUUUUCAGGGAUUUCAGAGCAUACUUAAAUGCAGCACAUUGUACUUCCGCAGUAAGCUAUGCAAGUGAAUGGGAAGAAUAUCCACUUACUGGUUUUCUUUGUCUUUGUGUUUAUUUAGACCACAUGCACCUCGCUGUUGUUUAUACUGACAAUGACGAAGUGUUGUUCCGAGGAGGAGUAGGGUUGUGUUUGUGAGUUGAUAGUACAUAUACAGUCAUGCCCCGUUUAUCAAGGUUAAUUGGUUCCAGACCCAACCGCGAAGUAGGAUUCAAUAGUAAUAAAUUAAUAUUUUUGUAGUUAGAGCAUAGAUAACCUGCUUGGAACCCUGUACACAUGAAAUAAGACCCCUGUUGUCAUCUUUACACUCCUAUUAUUCUUUGUUUACACCACAUUGCUCAACUGUAAUGCACAGGCUAUGGGAUCACUGCAGGGACACAAGAGACAGCCAUGGCGUUAACCAUUUUCAAGCUAGCGAGAUAACUAUUAGCCUAACAGCCGUUUCCGCUUGGACGCAUUUUACUGCAGCACAUAACUUUCCGUGUGUAGGACCUGUCAAUAAAAGCGCGUCUUGCAUAAACAGCAAGCGCUAGGUAAGUUUCCAUGAUUACUUUGCUCGGUUCCGGUCAACUUUUCUCACUACAUUGACUUUGACUUAAAUUCUGAAACGUGAUUGAGCACAUAAAUCUGUUCAUAAUGGAACUUUUCUGUUGGCAUAAGUGGGCAUGUUUACCAAAGAUUCUAGAGUUAAAACAGGAGUGCCGAUCAGCAUCCACAUCCGUAUUAUGCCCUGCGUGGGUUUGCCCACCAUGAUAAUGAGCAGAAUCCAGAAGCUACGCAUUGAAAACAUGUCCUCAGCACACUGCUCAGCUAUUAAUUGCUCUAAUAGAUGGUCCAAAACGUUUGCACGGGGUGGCCAGUGGUGGCCGUGGUCACACUCCGGCCACUUUACUGGCCUUCUAGAAAACUCAGGUAUCAACUUGUUGCCACCCCUAUGUGAGUAAUGGUUUCACUUUGGCCACCCCAAUGCAAAAUUUCUGGCUUGGCCACUGAUGCAGUGUAAUAGCAAUCUAAUAUGUCAUAUCUCAAUAAUGAAACAUUGCUGACACCUCGUUGGCAGAAUACUACAUAUAUAAUUAAUUAAUAUAUUUUGGAAAAACCGCAAGGGAGCAUUAAUCGAACAGCGAUACUGCGAGGAACGAAUGUAUGGGAGCAAUGUAUAUACAAUGUAACAAUGUAUGUAUGAGGGGGUGGCUGGGCUUGAGGAGCACACAGGACUCACCUCUCAUGGUGACAUCAGCUGAUGUGCGCAGGGUUCUGAACAAAACAAACCCACGAAAAGCAGCAGGCCCAGACAACAUCUCAGGUCGUGUACUUCGGGUUUGCUCAUCAGAGCUGGCUGAUGUGCUUGCUGACAUAUUUAACCUGUCACUUGCACAAGCAUCUGUAUCGACCUGCUUUAAGUCCACCACCAUAGUGCCCGUACCCAAGAAGAGCAACGUGACCUGCUUGAAUGACUAUCGCCCCAUAGCACUCACUCCUAUUGUUAUGAAGUGCUUUGAAAGAAUAGUCAUGACCCACAUCAAAAAGAGCAUCCCGGCCACUGUGGACCCUCUACAGUUUGCAUACCACCAGAACCGGUCCACGGAUGAUGCAGUCAACAUUGCCAUCCACACAGCCCUUUCUCACCUACAGGGCCAGAACACAUAUGUCAGAAUGCUAUUUAUAGACUACAGCUCUGCUUUUAAUACAGCCAGCCCCCACAAACUCACAGAUAAGCUCCUCACACUUGGCCUGUCUCCCUACCUCUGUAACUGGGUGUUUAACUUUCUCACAGGCAGGCCCCAGUCAGUCAGAGUCCACAAUCGCACAUCCAGCUCAAGAAUUGUGAGCACUGGGACCCCACAGGGGUGUGUGCUGAGUCCACUCCUCUACACGCUCUUCACCUACGAUUGCAUGGCCUCCCAGAACAACACCAGCAUCAUCAUUUUUUUUGUAUACUUUUCUUAAAAGUAAUGUUACAAUCUCGUCUCGUUUCGUUCUUGUAGACCCAAUCUCGUGUAUUGUCUUGUCUCGUGAACUAAGUGUCUCGUGACACCCCUAAUAGAAACAUUUUGAUAGAAUAAAGUGACGUUCACGGCUGUCACUCAACAUGUCUGUUGCAGGUGCACACAGAAAAGCCGUCUCUCACAGAGGCGACUGACAAUGUUAAGUCGUUGUGUUGUUGUCUACACAUUCAAGAAUAACUAACAUCAGUAGCUAAACUUUGCCAAAUCACUAUCAUUAGCUGACAACAAACAGAACUAAUGCACGCACAUGUGUGUUAUGUGGGGCGUGGCUUGCAAUGCUGGAGCAGGACUAGGGCGGGCUUGUAACGCUUGAAGCACAUUCGAAAGUUAGUACCUCCCCAUGCAGCACCUAACCAAGCCAGACAGCACCUUUGUUAGCAAAUUGUAUUUUCAGAACGAGCCGUGGGAAAAUAAAAUCAAGCUGCAGGCAGAAAAUGCCCCCUCGACCACACUUUGGACACCCUGAUUGAAACUUCUUUUAUUGGCUGAAGUGGAGCAGCAAUAGUUCCACAUUGUAGCUUCUCGAACUUUACUGAACGAUGGCGGCACACUGCUUUUGUCUUAUCCACUUGUCUGUUUAUGUAUUUUACCAGGAAGGCCCAGUGUUCCCAAACACAAGACACAAAACGACAAAAGAGGGUUUUCAAGCUCUGACUUCUCCUUGGCACUAUCACUGGCCAUGACUCCCGCUAGACAAAGGCUGGGCUGCGCUGUUUUCGUCCGCCUAGUUCUUCGCUGUGGGAAAUCUGUGGGCAGCUCUACUGAAAAAAAAGGCUCCAUGCUGAAAAAUGUGAAUACAAGUACAUGUACUGUUGCUAAAUUAACAACACACCUCGCUGGAGAAUGCAGAGGUACUUUUUCCUUCUUGUGACAUAUUUAACUUCUAUCUUCUUCAAUGACCACUCCUUAUGAAAUACAAUAACGGGGAAUGCAUUAAGGGGUGUGAUUGGCUGUUAAAAUAACUUGGGAGGAAUGAGUGGGCAACAACAAUCACUUUAACGUGGCGUCAAAAUGACAACAAGUUCACUCCAGUGAAGUUGUGCUCAGCGCUGCCUCGUCACCUGAUGAGCUAACUAAGCAUUCCAGGUGUUCCUGCUCCACUUUGCUGGCUCAAAGUGGAGAAAUGACGAAUAAGGAUGUGGGAAAGUUAAAAACACAAACAGGUUUGUCCACAGCUGCGAUGUACUAAACAUGCCCACAAAGUCAAGUCACAGCAACUAGUCUGCUGAGCGACAAGCAACAUAUGUUGGAAAGCUACACAGGGUCCUGGAUCCAUAUUGUUUCUCCGGACCACAAGGAAUAAACCAGAUACUUGUCAGCUGUCUCCUCUCCCAGGCUGAGCACCAGGAAGUUCCCAUGCCACUGGGCGCCCUUCUUAUCACUGGAUGGUUCCAGAAGCUGCUGAGAUGAAGUCAAAGACAAUGCUGCUGCUUGUCCUAGCGGUCCUGGUGCCAAGCCUGUCCCAGGGCCGCGUCGUCUCCAGAUGUGAGCUCAAAAAGAGACUUGAUGAGGCUGUCAUGCUACCUGAUGGGCUUCACAUGUUCAAAGAAAAUAUCCUGUCAGUGGUAUUGUGUGAAGUGGAGAGGGCAUCCCAGCUGAACACCAGCCUGGUCAGGACUGUCCCUACCAUGCCAAUAAUCCCUCAACCAACAACCACCACCAUAAGACCCCCUGAACCACCGACAACAUCCACCACAACACCCCCUGCACCACCGACAACCUAUACCACAAGACCCCCUGAACCAACAACCAAUGCCACAAGACCCCCUGAACCUCCGACAACCAACACUACAAGACCUGAACCAACAACCAAUGCCACAAGACCCCCUGAACCACCGACAACAUCCACCACAACACCCCCUGCACCACCAACAACCUAUACAACAAGACCCCCUGAACCAACAACCAAUGCCACAAGACCCCCUGAACCACCGACAACAUCCACCACAACACCCCCUGCACCACCAACAACCUAUACAACAAGACCCCCUGAACCAACAACCAAUGCCACAAGACCCCCUGAACCUCCGACAACCAACACUACAAGACCUGAACCAACAACCAAUGCCACAAGACCCCCUGAACCACCGACAACAUCCACCACAACACCCCCUGCACCACCGACAACCUAUACCACAAGACCCCCUGAACCAACAACCAAUGCCACAAGACCCCCUGAACCUCCGACAACCAACACUACAAGACCUGAACCAACAACCAAUGCCACAAGACCCCCUGAACCACCGACAACAUCCACCACAACACCCCCUGCACCACCAACAACCAAUACCACAAGACCCCCUGAACCAACAACCAAUGACACAAGACCCCCUGAACCCCCGACAACUAACACUACAAGACCUCCUGCACCACUGACAACCAAUACCACAAGACCCCCUGAACCAACAACCAAUGCCACAACACCCCCUGAACCCCCGACAACCAACACUACAAGACCCCCUGAACCACCGACAACAUCUACCACAACACCCCCUGCACCACCGACAACCAAUACCACAAGACCCCCUGAACCAACAACCAAUGCCACAAGACCCCCUGAACCCCUGACAACCAACACUACAAGACCUCCUGCACCACUGACAACCAACACCACAAGACCUCUUGCACCAAUAACCAAUGCCACAAGACCCCCUGGACCCCCUACAACCAACACUACAAGACCUCUUGCACCACUGACAACCAAUGCCACAAGACCCCCUGAACCAACAACCAUUGCCACAAGACCCCCUGGACCCACGACAACCAACACUACAAGACCUCCUGCACCACUGACAACCAAUACCACAAGACCCCCUGAACCAACAACCAAUGCCACAAGACCCCCUGAACCCCCGACAACUAACACUACAAGACCUCCUGCACCACUGACAACCAAUACCACAAGACCUCCUGAACCAACAACCAAUGCCACAAGACCCCCUGAACCCCCGACAACCAACACUACAAGACCUCCUGCACCACUGACAACCAACACCACAAGACCCCUUGCACCAAUAACCAAUGCCACAAGACCCCCUGGACCCCCGACAACCAACACUACAAGACCUCCUGCACCACUGACAACCAAUGCCACAAGACCCCCUGAACCAACAAUCAUUGCCACAAGACCCCCUGGACCUCCGACAACCAACACUACAAGACCUCCUGCACCACUGACAACCAAUACCACAAGACCCCCUGAACCAACAACCAAUGCCACAAGACCCCCUGAACCCCCGACAACCAACACUACAAGACCUCCUGCACCACUGACAACCAACACCACAAGACCCCUUGCACCAAUAACCAAUGCCACAAGACCCCCUGGACCCCCGACAACCAACACUACAAGACCUCCUGCACCACUGACAACCAAUGCCACAAGACCCCCUGAACCAACAACCAAUGCCACAAGACCCACUGAACCCCCGACAACCAACACUAGAAGACCUCCUGCACCACUGACAACCAACACCACAAGACCCCUUGCACCAAUAACCAAUGCCACAAGACCCCCUGGACCCCCGACAACCAACACUACAAGACCUCCUGCACCACUGACAACCAAUGUCACAAGACCCCCUGAACCAACAGCGAAUGCCACAAGACCCCUUGAACCCCCGACAACCAACACUACAAGACCUCCUGCACCACCGACAACCAAUACCACAAGACCCCUUGCACCAACAACCAAUGCCACAAGAUCCCUUGUACCAACAACCAAUGCCACAAGAUUUCCAGAACCAUCAAUCAUUCCCACAAGACCCCCUGAACCACCAACAACCAAUGCCACAAGACCCCCAGAACUGUCAACCAUUGCCACAAGACCCCCAGAACUGUCAACCAUUGCCACAAGACCCCCUGCACCACCGAUGACCAACACCACAAGACCUCCUGAACCACCGACAACCAACACCACAAGACCCUCUGAACUUGUGACUAACACAACAAGAGCCCUUGCAUCAAUAUCCGAUGCCACAAGGCCAUCUGAAACAACCACCAUUCCCACAAGACUCACUGAACCACCAACCAAUGCUACAAGACUUCCGGAACCAACAAUCAUUCCCACAAGGCCCCCUGCCCCAUCAACCAUUUCGACAAGGCUCCCUGAAACGACAACAGUUGCCAGAGGACUGGAAACCUUUGGCACUGCAUCCCCUGAAUUUGCAACCAAUCAGUUUCCAAACGCCAACCUGACUGACAUAUCACGGCAGAUUGAGCUGGCGGCCCUGGAAAAGCACGUGGAUGAAAUGUGGAGGAAGAAAGACGGGAAGCGUCGUAAGCGUCAGUCAGGGGACAGGAGCUGGGACGAGCAGCCAUCUUAUUAUGGACUCUUCCAGCUUUCUGACUCAAUUUUCUGUGCCUCAAGUAAUUCUUCGACAAACAACAUCUGCAUGACGCCGUGCAGUGCUUUCAUCGAUGAUGACAUCACAGAUGACAUUGAAUGCUUUGUGGCCAGCCGGUACUGGAUGAAUGUUUUCAGGACAGCCAGCAGUGAGUGUUACGAAGUCUCCAAUUUCCUUGAUGAAUGUAGCUGAGCUCACAUCGAGAAUGAUGAAUCUUGUAAUUCAUUGCUUAACUUACUGUAUUUUCUUUCCUGACUCAAAAAUGUUUCUUUUUUUUGUUCCUCCACCCAUCAUGCAAUAAAAAUGCAAUCAUGUGCCCAUGA